GGAGAGAACCCAGGUGUCUGUGGGAGAGAGCGAGCGCCCCCCCCAACACACUCUCCUCCCGCCCCCGUAGCCUGGACGAAAGGCGGGAGGGAGCGGAGAACCCAGGCGUCCGGGGGAGAGGAAGAGAACCCAGGUGCUGGGAUGGGGGAGGAAGAGGAGGAGAGGAGGCAGGUGCCGGCUGACGGGGGGGGACCCCCCGGGGCUGCCCGUGGGCCCCGUCACCCUGAACGUCGGUGGCACCUUCUACAGCACCACGCUGGAGACCCUGACCCGCUUUCCCGACUCCAUGUUGGGGGCCAUGUUCCGGGGGCCCCGGCCGGCCCGCACCGACCGGCGGGGCCACUACUUCAUCGACCGCGACGGCAAAGCCUUCCGGCACGUCCUCAAUUUCCUUCGCCUGGGCCGCCUGGACCUCCCCGAGGGCUACUCCGAGCUGGCCCUGCUGCGGGCCGAGGCGGACUUCUACCAGAUCCGGCCCCUGCUGGCCGAGCUGAGCCGGCUGGCGGCCGAGCGCCGGCGACGCCGGGCCGGCGCGGUGCUCCACGCCGACGUCGACUGCCGGGAGCGGCUGCUGCAUUUCACCGUCCGGCGCGGGCCGCAGAAUUACGGCCUCAGCACCUGCCCGCUCCGCGUCUUCACCGCCAACGUCUUCUGCACCGACGGGCAGUUCUUGGCGCUGUUGAGCGGCCGGCUGGGCCGAGCCGGGGGAGCUGGUCCCCCUCUGAGCCAUCUGGCCGAGGCCGAAUCCAACCACCGGCUGGGCACUGCCGGGGAUGGGGAGCCCGAGGCCGCCCAAGAGGAGGGAUCCGGUCACGGGCUGCGCCCCUCCGUCCCUGCGGAGGAGGGGGAAGCCCGGAGCCGGCACCACCUGCGUCUGGAGUGGGCCCCGCGGCCCCCGGACCUCCCCGAGGCGGAGUACGCCAAGCAGAAAGUGCGGCCUCUCCGGACGGCGCCGCCGGACGAGCGGGAGGUGGUCACGGCGGCGGAGUUCCUGGAGGAGGUGCUGAAGGCGGCUCUGGACCAAGGCUUCCGGGUGGAUUCGAUCUUCCCCGACCCGGAGGACAUCCUCCACUCGCGUUCGCUGCGCUUCGUCCGCCACUGACCGCGGAGGAGGGGGCAGAAGAACCGGCCGGGAUACGAGGAGUGGGGGGGCUGCUCUCACUUGAUCGCAGUGGUGGGCACUGGUAAGUGACUAGAUUUGGAGAUGUCAAAAGA